GAACAAGAGAGUUUUGGAGAUUUUCUUCUGCGGAGGGAACCUAAAUUUUGUUCAGCGAUUCGCUGAUUGAUUCUUCCUGCUUUCAUUGAACCGUUUUAGCGAGUGCCCAUACUGUACCUUUGGAUAUUAGUGAUUCGUUCUUUUUGCCGCUAUCUUGCCAGAUUAAAGGCUCAGUUUCCGAUUCGAGACUUCACCAUGUUUCAUAAGCUCUUAGUCUCCGGUGACCGAGCAGACUUCACUCUGUUGGCUUUCAACCCGGUCAACAAUGAGCUGGGCGUGAUUGCGAAUUACAAAGCACCUUUCAACGCAUCCUGGGUUGAAGUUUCGGCCUCAACGCAUGAUAUUGACCACCUCAUCGGGCUUUCGGAGGGUGAUGAGUCUGGCCUCCUGUAUACGUUCAAAAUCGACCACGUGAGAAACACGUGCGAAAUUACCAGCCAGCAGCCAACCUUAGGCGCUCCUGCUCACUUUAUCACCUUACGCGACAAUUCCGCCGUGGCGCUUGCUACUUAUAUGGGAGGUUCUGUGGCCCUCUACAGCGCUUCUAUCACAAAGGAUGAUGGUUUGCUACUCACAGAUACUCCUCGUGUGGAAACUUUACCAGCCUUCCCAUACGAGCAAGUUGGGCAUGGUCCGAAUGCAGACCGGCAACGACAGUGCCACAUUCACCAAGUGGUUGAAACGAGAUGCGGUUUACUGUACGCUCCAGACUUGGGAUCGGAUCGCGUGUGGAUUCUCCGUCGUCAUGAGACAAAGCUUGAGGUUUGUGGCUGGUUGGAGUGCCCUGCUGGCACCGGUCCACGGCAUGCUGUGAUUAGUCCAGAUGAGAAAAUCAUGUAUGUAAUUGGCGAACUUUCGCACACUGUUAUUGCGUUUUGCUUGCCAAGUAACCCCACAAAUGGGAUCCUGCCUCUCAACGGUUUCGCGCCAAAUGUUAUUCCACCAACUGUUCAUCCCGACCAUCAGUAUAUGAUGGAUGCAGCUGAAAUAUGUCUCCAUCCAUUUAUUUCGAACGUUUUAUACGUUAGCAAUAGAUGGGAAAGACAUAUAAAGCAACGUCAGCCUCAUCUCCAAAAUGUCCCUGAAGACUUACCACCUGGGGACGAUGUGGCAAUUAUUUUACUCUCAGAGGAUGGCACAAAAGUUGAAUGCAUAAAGCACGUGCGAACAGGCGUUGAUGUAAUCCGCGGUAUGCGUCUCAGCAACGGUGGGCAAUUUGUCGUAGUUGUUGGUCAAGAGGGCGGUGGGGUUGAGGUGUAUAAGAUUGGUGGAGAUAAAGGCGAUAACUGGACUUUGGCGGCAAGACUGAACGACAGCAUAGAAGGCGGACUGAAGCACGCGAUAUGGUUAUAGAUUACUGAGAUUUGAUCACAGAAAAAAAAAGCAGAUCGUACGUGGCUUAGUAACUGACCUUCUGUGUAUGGGAAUCAAAAGAGGUUUGGCAUCCCUACUCCGAUAGAAACAAACCCGUGCAAGCAUCGACCGUUGUUUCACGAAAUUAGGCAAAGCUUACUUCAGCAACUGACGGUGUAACUUCAAAGCUAUUCUAAAGUCUGCGAGAUGAAACUAGACUCCGUCAGAAGAGGGACCGUUCUAGCUUGGUUCUCAGAUGUUUGGUAUCC